AUGGCUAUGAUGCCAUAUUCCUCAGCUGUUGGUAGUCUGAUGUAUGCAAUGAUUUGCACAAGGCCAGACAUAACGCACGCAGUUGGCAUUGUAAGCAAAUUCCUGUCUAAACCAGGCAGAGAGCAUUGGAAUACUGUGAAGUGGAUUCUCAGAUAUCUCAGGGGGGGAGUAAUUUCGUGGCAAUCAAAGUUACAGAAAUGUGUUGCUCUAUCAACUACAGAGGCAGAGUUUAUUGCAACUACUGAAGCGUGCAAAGAAAUUCUCUGGAUGAAGCGAUUCCUACAAGAAUUAGGGCAAGAGCAGCAUAAAUACAUUUUGCAUUGUGAUAGUCAGAGUGCGAUCCACUUGAGCAAGAAUCCGAAUUUUCACUAG